AUGGCAACAUCCAACGCCAACACAACAAUCAAGGUCGAAGCGGACUCGGAAUUGAUUAAAAAUCAAAAACAUGCCGUUUUGAUGAGCCCUCAAAAGAAUUUCCAAGUGCUUCAGACGGCUGAUGGCGAUGCUAUCUUCUAUUCUGUUGGAUCUGAUGGGGUCUUCUACGUGGCUCGUGAGGUCCGAAAAUCAAAGAGCGGCUGGAAUCGGACAGACCUCUCAUCCUCUCUAAAAGGCAAGGCCAAAAGGUUUACAGCUUCACAGAAUCCAGGAACACUGGCUAUCGAUGUAGCUCUUGUGAUGAGCCUAGAUGAUGGCAAUGAUUUGGUUCAUCUAUCCCGCAACAACUUGAUCUCCAGUAAUGGAUGGGAAAAGAGCAUCUCCUGGCAAAGUGUUGUGUUUGAUGAUACACAAAGCUCAGCUCCUUUGCCGCUCAUAAUUACAGACAUGUACAUGCUCACAAGAGAAGGCAAGGGCAAGGCACCGGGUACUAUUACCUGGUUUGUUGAUAUUGUGAAGGAUCCAGCAAGCAAGCUGCGCCUUCUCGAUCGAUACUAUAUCGAACCCGACUCUUCCCCCAAAUGGCACAAACACAUAUUGCCCAAUGAUGUAGAAGAAGGUUCUAUCAUCAGCUGUCUUGGUCGCCGUCAGAGGGACUAUAUUGAUGGAAUCUAUACCUUGAGCAAAAUUGGAAAUUCCGAUAGCCUAAUUUUCACCCAAUCAAAGAAUAUUUGGAGCCCUCGAUCGCCACCAAUCUCCACUGUUCUUGGAAACCCAAAGGGUGCAACAGGGAUUUCGUCUUGUGUCAGCAAGGAUGAGCUCACUAGUCUGUUCGUCGCGGGUGACGAUGGCCUUUAUCUAUUCAACCCAGACGGCCAAGAAAGCGGUUUAGAACCCAUCCAAGUUAUUCCAUCAUUGCUUUGGGGUCUCAACCGUUCUCAGAAUCUGGUAUACGCGACAUGCCCCAUCGGAAAGGAGGCAAAACCGUCAAGCUGGUCACCACCCAUGCAAAUUUGCACAAAGGUUCUCCAAUUUGCCUUUUAUCUCAACCAAAAGUCAGCAUUCAAUGUUCUCUUUGCCUUGUUCCAAGAUCAGUCCAUGCUUCAGUUCGUACAGGAUGCAUCGACGGGCAUUUGGAACCCACGGAAGAUCACCCUACCCACUACAGAUGUGAGCCACAUGGUCGAGGUCAAUACAUUCACCACUCAUGUGAAAUGCACUGAUCAGAAUGGCUUGCCUGCGAUCGGAGCUCCCAUUCGGAUAGAGUCCAUGCAAACGGUGCCUCUUACAGUGAACCGUAGCUACUGCAAGAUUGGACUAGAUUCACCGAUCGAGAUCGAAAGCGAUGGCACUGGUAGUGACACCAUCAUCCAGGAGACUAACGCGCUCCCUUCCGUUUGCUUCAAGCUUAUCAGUGGCAACCAAACUCUCAAAGUCGAUCCACAGAGCAAGAUUGCAAAGAAACUAUCCAAUAUCAAGUCAGGAAGGGAUUUGGACGUUCAAAUCCCAGAUUCCAAUGGGAAAAUGAAAUUGCUUGUUCCAGGUGACGUGUCAAAGGACAAUCGAGACGAGGUUGCAAAGUGCAUCCCAAAACUAAUGGAAGUCCGGUCUUCUUUACCAACUUACGGCUCCCUGGACACGAAAGUUCUGACUAAUACUACGAGAAGUACGGGUGAUGUGAAGAUUUUCAGAGUGACCAAAAUCUCUACUGGCCAGUUGAAAUUUUGCGAAGGUCAUGAAGCGCAUGCCAUUCUGAAUCUUUUUCAAUUCCUCAAAAAUGUAUGGGACGAUGUGCAGGGCUUCUGGACCGACGUUGUUGACAAUGUCACUCGAUUCAUCGCUCGAAUUGGUGAUAUGAUCUACACUGCAAUCCUCGAUACUGUUGAGGCAGUGAGCAGUGCAAUUGAGUUUUUGUUCACGCAAAUCAAGGUAUUCUUUGAGGACUUGGUGGCGUGGCUGGGCUUCAUCUUCAACUGGGACGAUAUUGUUCGCACUCACAGGGUCAUCAAGAACAUUGCCAAGCAAUAUACUCGAAACGCAGUUGAUCAGCUUGAUACCCUUCGUGGCUCCCUCGAAAAUGGGUUCAAGGACCUGCGAGGUUUCAUAAAUGGAAAGUCUUGGGAUAAAGCGAAUGUCUCUACAUAG